UGCUAAUAAUACAAAUUGGAAGACUUUGAUGACAACAAUGUCACUUUCCUCAACCCUAGUUCUUAUUCUGCUGUCUCUUCACAGCAUCUCUUCCUUAGAUGCUCACAAAGAUGGGUUCAGUGUGGAAAUCAUCCACCGUGACUCAUCAAAAUCACCGUUGCAUCGUCCCACAGAAACUCAAUUCCAACGAGUUGCUAAUGCAGUGGGUCGUUCCAUUAAUCGUGCCAAUCAUUUCAACCAAAACACACCUAAGGCCAAUAUAACACGAGAUGAUGGUGAAUACCUUUUGAGCUAUUCAGUUGGAACCCCACCAUUUCAAGUUUAUGGUAUUGCUGAUACAGGAAGUGACAUAACUUGGUUGCAGUGUAAACCUUGUAAACCCUGUUACAACCAAACCAGUCCAAUGUUUGACCCUUCAAAAUCCAGCACAUACAGAAUCCUUUCUUACUCUUCUAAAAUAUGUAAAUCAGUGAAAGGUACCACUAAAGAUGGAGACCAUUGUGAAUAUACCAUUUCCUAUGGUGAUGGGUCAAAGUCACAAGGAGAUCUUAGUGAGGAGAUCCUCACUUUAGACUCCACCAAUGGCUCUUCAAUCCAAUUUCCAAGAACUGUCAUAGGAUGUGGACGAAGGAACACUGUGUCCUCUGAAGGGAAGGCCUCUGGUGUAGUUGGCCUUGGAAGAGGACCUGUGUCCUUGAUAUCUCAAUUGGGUUCUUCAAUUGGUGGAAAAUUUUCCUAUUGUUUGGCACCAACGUCUAAUACUUCUAGCAGACUCAAUUUUGGAGAUGCUGCUGUGGUUUCUGGGAAAGGGACUGUAUCAACUCCAAUAUUCUCACGUGGAGCAGUAUUUUACUACCUAACAUUGGAAGCAUUCAGUGUUGGAAACAAGACAAUACAGUUAGGAAGCUCCUCGUCUGAAUCUGAUGGAGAGGGAAAUAUCAUAAUUGACUCAGGUACAACACUCACUCUUUUGCCAGAUGAUGUUUACUCAAAGCUGGAAUCAGCAGUGGCACAUGAAGUUAAGUUAAAACGUGUUAAGGGUCCGUUGAGCCUUUGCUUUGAAAGCAGUUUUCAUGAUCUGAAAGCACCAGUGAUCAUGGCACAUUUUAGAGGCGCAGAUGUGAAGUUAAAUGCUGUCAACACAUUUGUUGAAGUGGACGAAAGGGUAGUGUGCUUCGCUUUCGUGCCAAGUAACCUUGCCAUCUUUGGGAACAUGGCUCAGAUGAACCUUUUGGUUGGCUAUGACCUAGAAAAGAAAAGAGUCUCCUUCAAACCCACAGACUGUACUAACCAGUGAUUGUUGCUUGUUUUACUGAGUAUCUGUCAGUGGACUCAAAAUAAAAAUAUAUAUUUUAACUAUUUUUGUUCCAUUUUAUUAUUGAUAACCGAUAAUGAGAGAAAACAAAAAUGUUGAGAACCUUUGCCAACGAAUGAACAGACUAAAGGUGUUGUUUUUAAUUUGCCCAGAUGGGUUUGGAGGCAUUUUCUAUCAGAAAUAAUACAGCAUUAUAGGGCUUA